GAAAGGGGUAGUGAUGGAGAACACUGUAACUGUAAACCCUAGCGAUGGAGAACGACGAAAGGUGGUGGUUAUAACGGGCCCCACAGGUUCCGGGAAGUCGAAGCUUGCCGUUGAUUUGGCCUCUCACUUCCCCGUCGAAGUGAUCAACGCCGAUUCCAUGCAGGUCUACCGUGGACUCGAUGUUCUCACCAACAAACUCACACUCUCCCAACAAAACGGAGUGCCACAUCAUCUCUUGGGUACCGUAAACCCAAACUUGGAAUUCACAGCUAAAAUGUUUCGGGAUUCUGCUAUUCCCAUCAUCCAUGAUAUAUUAGCUCGCAAGCACUUGCCUGUUAUAGUUGGGGGUACUAAUUACUAUAUUCAGGCUCUUGUGAGUCCGUUUCUUUUAGAUGACUCGGCAGAAGAUAUGACUGAAAACUGUUCGGGUGAUUCGCCUGGUAACUUGAUAUCCGUGCUCUAUUCUUUUCCUGUUCUAUUAAAGUGUACUUAUAUCUAUUUUAUUUGUAAUUUUGUAGGUAUCAAACAGUCUGAUAAUAGUUUCAUUGAUGAAAAUGAUAGUUCAAACGAUAGUUAUGACCUGCUUAAAGAUAUUGAUCCAGUUGCAGCAAAUAGAAUCCAUCCAAAUAAUCAUAGAAAGAUAAAUCAAUAUAUUAGUUUGUAUGCUCGCACUGGUGUUCUUCCUAGCAAAGUUUUUCAAGGAAAGGCAGCGGAGAAGUGGGGUCAAGUUGAUAACUUAAGAUAUGAUUGCUGUUUUAUAUGUGUGGAUGCAUCUCUCCCUGUGCUGGACAGAUAUGUAGAGCGGAGGGUAGAUUGUAUGAUGGAUGCUGGGUUACUCAAUGAAGUCUAUGACAUUUACAAUUUGAACGCAGAUUAUACUAGAGGUUUAUGUCAGGCCAUUGGUGUCCGUGAAUUUGAGCCUCUUCUUAGAACUUGUGUUGUGGAAGACAUCUAUAGAAGAGAGAAGGAAUUGACUGAGGGAUCCAGCAUAGAAAAGGAUGAGACAUUGUUUUAUGGUAAUCUGAUGGAGUGGUUGAGAUCUUCAUCUGAUACUAAAUCCAUAAUUCUUUUGGAAGAAGCAAUUGAAAAAGUAAAGGUUAAUACUCGGAGGCUUGUUCGCCGUCAGAAGAGGAUGCUCAGUCGACUACAAACACUGUUUGGUUGGAAAAUACACUAUGUUGAUUCCACGGAAUCAAUAUCAAGCAAGUCAGAUGAUGUAUGGACUGGCCAAGUGGUUGAAUCUGCCAUGAAGAUAGUUAGAUCUUUCUUGAGCGAGAAUGGAAGCUUGUCAUCCACCUCUGGGAUGUCAAAUGACACUGAGAUGAAAAUAAUUCAAAGGGACCUCUGGACUCAAUACAUAUGCAAGGCCUGCGGAGAUCGGGUGCUUAGAGGAUUACAUGAAUGGGAACAACACAGGCAAGGUCGUGGACACCGAAAACGUAUUUCUCGUCUCAAGAGCAAGGUUCAAGGUCUUAGCUUCGUGGAACAAAAGCUGGAGUAUUCUGAAUGCGAAUAGUUAGAUAAUCCUGUAAUUUGGAAUCUUAUGAAAUAUAUGGGUGGUACUACUAUUGAGUAUUGAAGGCUUGUCCACGUCGAAUAAGAAAUUUCAUUUAAUGGAUUUCGUCAACAAGUGUGAAAUUA